UUAUGCUGUCACCUCUGAAUGGGACAUUCAAGAGGCCGCCUCACUGCCAGGCAACUGGGGAGCCCAAGCCGCUGAACUCUAUGCCCUGGCCCGAGCUUGCCAGUUGGCCGCUGGUAAGACCGUUACCAUUUUUACUGAUAGCAAAUAUGCUUUUGGAGUUGUGCAUUGUCAUAUCCACCUCUGGAAGUUUCGAGGUUUCCAGACAGCUGCCGGUAAACCCAUUCAGCACCUCCCCCUCAUCCACAAGCUUUUGGACGCCCUCCAAAAACCCUCUGUCCUGGCUGUAGUUCACUGCCGGGCCCAUACUAAAGAUAGUAGCCCCGUUACCCGUGGGAAUGCCCUGGCUGAUGCCUCCGCCAAGAAGGCUGCCACCUUACCUUUAGCCAUGCCCACCUUGGCUAUUGCAGCCUCCUCCUUUACUCCACCGCACCCCGUACCAGUACCCGCUGCUGAACUACAAUCGUGGGAGAGCCUCGGGGCCACUCUGGUCAAAGGGACCUGGCUUAUGCCAGAUGGCCGAGCCUGCCUCCCUCGCUCCACAUACCCCGUGGCAGUUCGCUGGCACCAUGAUAAAAGGGGUCACUACGGCACGCACGCCCUCGUGGACACCAUCGCUCGCUUUUGGUAUGCUCCAGGCAUUCAACCCUAUUGCCUAUCAAUAGUGAAAGCAUGCAGCACAUGUCAGCGUAAUGGACCUGCUCCGCCUCUUAACAAAAUUAAGGGUGGAAGACCUCCGCCUGCUGCUCCAUUUCAACAUCUUCAAAUUGACUUUGCAGAUAUGCCAAAGGCUUUUGGGAAAAAGCACCUCCUUGUUUUGGUUUGCCCUCUGACUUCCUGGGUCGAAGCUUUUCCUACUGCUAAUUGUACUGCUGCCACAGUGGCGAAGAUUCUCCUUAGAGACAUUGUACCCCGUUUUGGCAUCCCUCUUGUGCUCGACUCAGAUCGCGGACCUCACUUUACUGGUCAUGUCCUUGGCCAUUUAGAACAAGGACUGGGCAUUUCACACUCCUUUCAUACACCCUACCACCCCCAGUCUAGCGGGAAAGUUGAGCGUAUGAAUAGGGAACUUAAGUUUACAUUGGCUAAAUACUGUCAGGAAACAGGAUUAAAGUGGCCUCAGGUACUUCCUUUGGUCCUGUUUCACCUUCGUACUCGCCCAACCCGCGCAUUGGGCUUAUCCCCCUUUGAACUGCUCUAUGGACACCCCCCUUUCAAAGGCGGGGCGCUACCACGUACUGAUGUUUCACUAUUGGGAGGGGAUCAUAUGACCGCGUGUCAGUUUCUCUCCCUACAGGCUCGCCUCCGUACCCUUUGGAAAGCCUCGCAGUUUUCCCAGACCGUGCCGCUGGAGGAACAGAUCCACCCGUUCCAACCAGGGGACUUCGUCUGGGCCAAAAAGUUCGUUCGUGACGACACCCUCCAGCCAAGGUUUACUGGACCCCACCAGGUUCUUUUGACAACCCAGACUGCAGUGUUCCUGGAAGGACGCAAAUCUUGGAUCCACCACUCUCACGUCAAGCCAGCCGUAGUGGACCACAGUGACGGACCAGCAGCUCUUGUCACCACUGAGGACACUGCCUCCGACCAGUGGACCAGCUUACCUCUCUCAGACAUUAGACUUAAAUUGACUCGAAAAAAAUGAGAGGACCCUUUAUUCUGACAACUGUAUGGUUUUUUUUAUGCUUUUUUAGUUUAUUUUCUGCUUAUGAAGAUAAUGCUUUUAUUAGAUAUUCCCACGAGGUUAAAACUCGUAUUUUAGGAAAUAGAAGUAAUUGCUGGGUAUGUACUCAAUUUCCAGUAAAUGCAGCACAGGGACUCCCCUUCACACCCAUUCCCCUAACCACUGCUAAUAUGACUUGGAUGCCACCGACUAGAAUAAAAGAUCCAGUCCAACCCAAUCUUACAUGGGACAAAACAGGAGUGCCAAUUAACAAAUAUCUCAGGGUAACCAAUCAAACAGGAUCACUGUGUUUUGUUAAAGGAAAAGGGUCAACUUUUGUGGGAACAAGUAAAUGCAACAUAUAUUUUAAUGGCACCGCCUUUAGUAAAAAUCUUGGCUUCAAGCCUUGCGCAUCCCACUUAUCCCAUAUGUGGAUCCCUCACCCCGAUCCAACCUUUUCAACUUUUUCAUGGAGGGGCAGGUUUUCAGAGUCAGUUUUUAAAAAGCCCUGCUCAGAUCUCAAGGGUGUCCAACUAAUUGUUAAAGGAUACACAAUUGCCUUCUACAACUGCUCAAGCAGUACUACACUGCCCUUUGAGAACAACACUACCAAAUUGUGCCUCUGCAGUUCACACAACGACCCCUCUGCGUUACCAGGGGAACAGUGGUACAACGGAAUGCUGUGUUUUUGUAAAUGACACCUACUCUGACACUUUUCAACGUACCAAACACCUAAGGGAAAUGGCUAAAAACUACUCCUCUGGCCAGCCACCUUAUGAUUGGUGGGGAGCCUUAUGGAAUUGGCUGCCCGGAUUUGGGUGGGUUAAAAAACUCUUGGUGGGUGUUGUUGGGGCCAUAGUAGUCCUUAUAAUACUGUGUUGCUGUAUUCAGUGUGUCCCCUCCCUCAUAAACUCAUGUAAGUCAGUUUAUUCUUUUCCCACUUCAGCUAAAAGCCUUACUCUCUUCGAAUUGGCCCAGGCUGAAAUUGCCAAGCGGCCCUUGAGAUCUUGAAAUAGGGUGUAGCUUUUUGAUUAAUAGUUAUCCCAAAGCUACAAAUGGAGGAAUGUUGGGUCUAAACUUUUGGUGAACUUUGGGGAGCCAAAACACACCCAG